UUGUUUCUGAUAAGUAAGUUAUUUUUUAAUUAUUAAGUGUUUAAAUUAUAAUUUUAAUUAGUUUUUAAUCUGGUUAUCAACUAGUUUUAAACCCCCACGGCGGAUCUACUUUAGUGCCGGAGUCGUUCAUUUGCACGGCGGUCAGUGGACCGUCUUGCAUAAUAAUGCUAAUGAGCGCAGGAGUACAUGCAGUGAGUGGUGCGUUCCACGGUUGAUGGCCGCCCGUGCAGCCGCAGCCGCAGCAGCAGCAGCAGCAGCAGCCAGUGUCUGCCGCUGAUGAUCCGCGGCACAUGCUCAGUUAUGUGCUCCCAGACAACUUUGAAGGUUUAGCGGCGGCUGCUGAGGUCAUUGCUCUGGAGGAAAAAAAAAAGAAAAAAAAUGGAGCACGUCCCUCCGCUACACUGCCUCCAUUUUGAAUAGCCCUGUAAUAGGGGAUUCGCACGGUUAGUGUAUGUGUGUGUAGCCCGCUGCGCUGCGUAGUGUCAACAAGCCACAUCCAAACAUCCUUCGACAUGGACGACCUGUUCAGUCCGCGCAGGAGCCUCAACAGCACGCAGGGGGAGAUAAGAGUGGGGCCGAGCCAUCAGGCCAAGCUACCAGAGUUGCAGCCAAGACUUGCAGCAGGUCCACAGACUCAAACAGAGAGUGAGGAGCUCAUGUGGACUCCUGGAGUCAAUGACUGUGACCUUCUCAUGUACCUCAGAGCAGCCAGGAGCAUGGCGGCGUUUGCAGGGAUGUGUGACGGUGGAUCCACUGAGGAUGGAUGCUUAGCAGCUUCCCGGGAUGACACCACUCUCAACGCUCUCAACAUGCUCCAUGCAAGCCAUUACGAUGCAGCAAAAGCUCUCCAGCGUCUGGUCAAGAAGCCGCUUCCAAAACUUAUUGAGAAAUGCUGGUCAGCAGAUGAUGUGAAACGCUUCAUGAAGGGCUUGAGGCAAUUCGGAAAGAACUUCUUCCGUAUUCGAAAGGAGUUUUUGCCCAGCAAAAAGACGGGGGAGCUGAUAACGUUCUACUAUCACUGGAAGAAAACUCCAGAGGCUGCAGGAACCAGAGCUUAUCGACAGCAGCGCCGGCAGCCGUCUUCCCGCAAAGCAAAGACCCGAUCUGCAGCCGUUCUGGACAACGUUCCAUCUCGGAAAUACUCAGUGGAUGCCAGUUCUGCGAGUGAGGACGAUCUCGACAGUGAAGACAGUGAACAGGAAGCUAAGAGUUGCAGUCACUGCGGUGCAACAAGUUCUAAGGAUUGGCAUCAGAGCGGCCGGGACAACUCUUUGCUGUGCACCACAUGCCGCAAUUAUGUAAACAAACACGGCUGUCUGCCACCGGCGCCAAAGUCUGCAAACUCCUCGUUCAUGUUCAAGCUGGUUAAAGCCGAGGAGGAGGUGAACAGCAAGCAUGGCAUGAGGACCCGGCGGAGCAGAGCGCCGCAGUUGUCGUCGUUGAGAAGUGGCCACAGGAGGCUGACGGGUUCCCCCAACAGUGAGGACCAGCCAACCAGUAGCCAGGUGUCUCCAAGUGGAACCAUAUCUACUUCUUUGAGAUCAUCGUUGACUGAUGCGAAGAGUGACUCCACAAAGAGGACAAAUAAGAAAGUAAAAGAAGAAGUAACGCGACCAAAGACAACUAAACGUGCACGAGAAAGCCCGGUUCCGGAGCCUGAUGAACCUGAAAAAAAUACUCAGAAAAAACAAAAAAUCCAGGAUCCUCAGUGCUCCCGGUCUGAGGGCGAGGGAGAGGAGGAGAGCUCCUCAGAAAGUCGCAGUGCUCAGGAUGAUGGCAGUGAUACCAAAGACAUUGAUCAAGACAACCGCAGCUCCUCUCCCAGCAUACCCAGCCCCCAGCCGGGCAUGGAGAGCGACUCCGACUCCUCUGCUCAGCCGAAUGGGGUCCCAACGGAGUCCAACGCUCCUGCCGGCGUGCCGCCCGACCCCUCAGCCCCACAGCAGGUCACUCCUCAGCAACCAGCAAGCACGCCCUCCGCAGAUCCAACCCCCAGCCUCUGCCCCCCCUCCCCAGAGCCCUGCGCUGCGGUGGGCACCCGAGUGCAAGCCCCGCCUCCCCCUGUCCCUCGACCUCCAGAUGCUCCUCCUCCUCAACCUUUUCACAUCCCGCCGGCUCUCAACUCUUCUCAGCCUCCGCAACCACACGCUACAUCCCCACAGCCCCCCCAGCGCCCCCCACCCUUCUUCAGGGAGACUCCACAGCCUCCCCAUUCUGGCCCCCAAAUCAAGCCCCCUCCUACUACGCCCAUCCCACCGUCACUCAAACAGCCCCCUCAUCCGUCUGCUGCACCUUUCCCCCAGAUGCCCUCCAACCUGCCCCCUCUUCCUGCCCUGAAGCCCCUCAAUUCUCUGCCCAACCAGCAUCCUCCCGGAGCCCCCCCUCCCCCUCUGCAGCUCAUGUCCCACCCACCACCUGUGAAUUCACUUCCCACCCAGCUCCCCGUCAUCUCUCAGGCGCAGAGCCACUCUGGGAAAAGCACCGCCUCUUCACACCCUCCUCUUCCUUCUGUCGCGUCCUCCGCCGCCGGCCCGGUCCCGAGCCUCCAGCCGGCCCUCCCACCCGCUUCUCUCAGGCUGUCGCCGAGCUCCGCCGCCGCCGCCACAGCAUCGCAGGUCCAGAUUAAAGAAGAGCCGCUGGAUGAGGUGGAGGAGCCGGAGAGUCCUCCACCUCCACCCCGGAGCCCUUCACCUGAGCCGUCCGUCGUCAAUAUGGCGAGCCACGCCAGCCAGUCUGCGCGGUUUAUCAAACACUUGGAUCGAGGGCGCAACUCAUGUGCAAGGACGGACCUUUUCUUUACACCUCUCUCCUCCUCCAAGCUGGCCAAGAAACGAGAGGAGGCUGUGGAGCGCUCCAGGAGGGAGGCGGAGCUUAGCUCUCGACAGGAGCGCGACCGAGAGAAGGACCGAGAGAGGGAGCGGGAACGGGAGGCCGACAGAAACAUCCGAGCGGCGAGCUCCUCUCACGACUGUCGCAUCACUGAAGUUCAAAUGGCGGCCCAAGGCCACGGGCGCCCGCCGUUUGAGCAGUCGCCCACCACGGUGGCGGCAGUUCAGCCCUACAUCGGCCCGGACACGCCGGCCCUGCGCACCCUCAGCAACUAUGCGCGCCCCCACGUCAUGUCCCCUAAUAAUCGCAACCAUCCCUUCUACGUGUCCCUGAACCCCGGUGACCCCCUGCUGGCGUACCACAUGCCGGGCCUGUACGGCGCCGAUCCCGGCCUCAGAGAGCACGAGCUGAGGAACCUCAGGGAGAGGGAGCUCCGCGAGAGGAUGAAGCCCGGCUUCGAGGUCAAACCGCCCGAUCUGGAGACCUUACAGACUUCCGCCAACCCCAUGGAGCUUUUGGCGAGACAUGGCGCUCUGGGGCUCCCGCACAUACCCGGACCUCCUCAUCCCUUUGCAGCCUUUCAUCCUGGGCUGAACCACCUGGAGCGGGAGAGGAUGGCGAUGGCGGGGCCUCCCCUGCGCCCCGAGCUGAAUUAUGCGGAGCGACUGACGGCAGAGCGACUUCACGCUGAGAGGAUGGCCUCCGUGGCGACCGAUCCCGCCGCGCGGCUGCAGAUGCUCAGCGUGACGCCUCAUCAUCACCAGCACUCCCACAUUCACUCCCACCUCCACCUGCACCAGCAGGACCCACUCGGUCAAGGUUCUGGUCCUCACCCCUUAGUGGACCCUCUAGUGACAGGACCCCGCUUGGCUCGAUUCCCAUUCCCCGGUGGCCCGAUGCCCAACCCCCUCCUCAGUGACCUUCCUCAUGACCACGAGAUGUUGCGCCACCCUCUUUUUGGAGCGUAUCCACGGGAGCUACAGGGGCCGAUCCCGCAGAUGUCCGCCUCCCAUCAGCUGCAGGCCAUGCAUGCUCAGUCUGCAGAGCUGCAGAGGAUGGCAAUGGAGCAGCAGUGGCUUCAUGGGCAUCACCUGCAUGGAGGCCCUCUGCCGAGCCAGGAGGAUUAUUACAGCCGCCUGAAGAAAGAAGGUGACAAGCCAUCUUGAGGUGGUGCAUGCUUUUAAAUUCUUCUAAAUAUGGAAACUGUGUCUGUUCAAAGCCGUAAUAAAAUUCCCCCUUGUCCCUUUUUAAUAUAUUUUAGAGAUAUAUUUGUGAAUCUUAAUGUGCAUUCCUCGUUGAGCACUUCAUAAGACUGCCGCUGUUGGUCUGACUUCUCCUGUGAGUUUAGGAACUCUCCCUUCCAAAUGUUGGACAAUCUCACCGGAUUAUCUGAGAUUCAAAGCUCUUUGUUGGAGUUACUGUUUGGUACGCGCUCACACGUUUGCUAAUGGAUGUAAAAACAGUGACUUUGUUGUUCAUUUUUCUCUCAAAUCUAUUCCUUGUACAUAAAUGCAUUAAAAACCCGUGUUUGGAUGGUAAUAAUUAUCACCUCGCAUGACUCACCCUUAGUUUAGCGAUCUUUGCGUUGUGGUGUUAGGCUCUAAAAGCAAUGUAGAGGUUGGGUUUCCUUCUAGAUCUGCUAACGUUUUAAUACAAAGAUUUUAUAUAUCAAGAUAUCUUUUCACUGCAUAUCCGAAGCUUUUAUUCCUUUGUUUUUGUAAAACUGCAAAUAGUACAUGAGUGUAAUAUUCUAUAUGAAUGAGUACUAUUAGUAAAUGUAACCGUUAAGCACCCUUAAUCCUUAACUAAGCACGAGAACAGUAACCCAUUAGAGAAAAAUGGUGUAUGCUAUUAUGAAUUGUGACAACUAAUUGGACAAAUGUGUCUGUUCUGACUGAAAGUUGUAAUAAAGUGUAUUUGCAUUGUUCUGAAGACAAUGACCCGAUUGGAUAGAAACCAAAUGUGGAGCAUUUUAGUGGAGUUUUACACAGAACUCAGUAUAUGUGUGAUUAAAAAUACCAAGCUGUAUUCAUGCUAUAUUUAUUUCAAUAAAUAUUUCUUCAAUGAU